CCUCUAUAGAGAUUCAACCUAACCUAUCAUACGUUAACAUUAGUAUACUACUCGUUAUAUAGUCGUUAUUGUCGAGCGCGAAGUAUUCGUAAAAUUGUAAACAAAAAAUUAUUGACGUCCGUCGUCCAACACUUAUUGUAGAAUAAACCACAGAACUAGAAUUUUUUAAAGUAAGUAUGCAUGCCAUUAUUGUUCACUAGCAAUUAGUGUUCGACAUCAAAUUAAACUUCAAUCGAUUGAUGAAAUUCGGAUUUGCAUGUGUGAGUGGAACACACGUGUCGCCGAUUAGACAGAAUUGCUGUUUUGACGUUGAAAUGCCUGUCAUAAAGAUGCCGUCAAUUCACGAGACGUCCAAAUUUCGUUGUCCUUGGCACCUGGCGUCCUGGCUCACCAUAAUUAUAUGAUUCCCGAUGAAUGAGACGGGUGUGUCGCGCCGGUGUUUGAUGUUGAUGAAAGUGGUUAAGAGCAAUUGAAAAUGAGAUUUCUGCUAAUUUGGGGUUUUUCAAGAAACAAUUUGCACGGUUUUCGCCUUUCUUGACAAAGUAGAUAGUUCAUAGUUGUGUACUAUGACUUGCGUAAAACACCAGAUGGUGGACGACCAGAGCAUCACAUUAGAUGUUAACCCUAAAGCAUAUCCUUUGGCUGACCAGCAGAUGACCACAAAAAUUUUAAAUUUGGUUCAACAAGCAAUGAACUAUAAACAAUUACGUAAAGGAGCAAAUGAAGCCACUAAAACUUUAAAUAGAGGUAUUUCUGAAUUCAUUGUUUGUGCAGCAGAUGCAGAACCUUUAGAAAUUUUGUUACACUUGCCAUUGUUGUGUGAGGAUAAAAAUGUGCCGUAUGUUUUUAUUAGAUCAAAACAAGCAUUAGGCCGAGCGUGUGGUGUUUCAAGGCCAGUCAUAGCGUGUUCCAUUACCACUGAUGAAGGUUCACAAUUACGGCCUCAAAUACAACAAGUUCAGACUGAAAUUGAAAGACUAUUGGUUUAAUUUUGUACACUUUUUGACUUUUAUAAUACUGAAUUGGGAAUAUUAAUAAUAAUAAUAAUAAUACGUCAUUCAAAUGUUUAAAGUAUGUUAUUAUUUUGUAAUAUUAUGUUUAAUAAUAUGAUUUAUUAAUUCAAUACAUUUCCUUAAAAUAGA